AUGGGGUGGCUGGUUCUGCCAGGGGAAGACGGAGGAGUUGGCGGGGGGGGAUCGCAGACGCCGCGAAAGCGGGGGUCCUUUCAAUCCAACGCCUCGGUGGACUUUGGCCUUACCACAGGCGCUGACGAGGGUUUGCUGGACUCGGAGGAGUACAGCCUGUGGGCGGCGUUUAUGAAGCCAGAUAGCCCCCCGCUGAGCCCUGCCCCGAGCCCCGGUUCUCAAGGGUUUUCUGUCGAGUCCCUGGACAAGGCAGGAGGGGGUCGAGACGGGGGGGCUGGAAGCGAGUUCGUUGACGAGAGCCUCCUGAAGCAGGAGUACGACAAGGACGAGGCGGAGGCGGGUUGGGGGGGAGCCGCGGCGGCGGUCGACGGCGGGAGACAGAUCCACUCCCUCCAACCGGAGAAGAGAAUGUUCUCAGCGUCGGAGACCUCCGCGAGCACGACAGCGGCAGGGUUCGGCGGUACCGCGGCGAUGUCUGCGGCGGCGGGCGGCGGCGGCGGCGGGAAUAGGAAAGGGUUGCCAGGGGCGUUGCUGGCCGCGCACAACGCGGCGGCAGCGGCCCAAGCGGCGGCGGUGGAGCGGCGGGGCUUCGUCGGGGACGAGCAGAAACGGAAGCGUUUCGACGAGUUCAUCCUUGGCUUCCUGUCAAUGUCGCUCUUCCAGGCCGCAGACAUCUGGCUCCCGCUCUCAUCGCGGAACGGCGGCGGCGGCGGCGGCAGGGACGGGGACCCAGCAGCAGAAGCGGCAGGGGGGAAGGGGAACAAGAAGGUGUCGCGGCUGUUCUUGUACAGCUCGAAGGUGCAGGACCCCGCGCUGGCGAAGUGGUCGAGCCUGAGCCGGAACGUGGUGCUGGCGAGCGGCGUCGGCCUCCCCGGGAUCGUGUUUCGGGAGCGGAGGCCGCAGUGGGCGGUGGACUACUCGCAGGUGGACUCGGAGCGCAACCCGUUGGCCUCGGUGGCACGGCUGCUGGGCAUCGGCUCCGCUUUCGGUGUUCCUCUAUCGCUCGGGGCUGAAGACGAGUGCGGCGUGCUGAUGCUGUAUUCGAUGUCCUGCCUUCCCCCGAGCGAGCUGAUGGUGGAGUUCAUGGAGAGAUCGACGAGGCUCCUCCUCGAAGAUGGCCCGGCUCCGACCACGGUGGUGCAGCAGUUCCGCGACAACCCGCCGUCCGCUAAGGACAUCGGCCGUGUCGCCGGGGCGUACCAACACCACGCACUAUGGGCAGAGCACCACGUGAGAUCCAACGGCAUCAACGGCAGCAUCAACGGUGUCAGCAUCGGGGGCACGCGGCGGAGCGGCGGCGGUUUCCCCAACUGCCCCAAGAGCGCGCAGUCGAAGACGAACUUCUGCGUCCGCCACGGGGGCGGGCGAAAGUGCUCCAUCCCGGGCUGCCUCAAGGUGGCCAGAGGGAGGACGUCACACUGCGCGGCGCACGGGGGAGGGGUCCGCUGCUGCGUGGAAUCGUGCAACAAGGCCGCCGUUGGAAGGGAAAGGAUGUGCCGAAGCCAUCAGAGAAGAUCCAAGAACGCAUCGGCUGCCGCCGCCGCCGCCGCCGCCGCCUCCGCCGCAGCCGCGGGGGUAGCCGGUGUUCCGGCCUUGCCCCCCGGUUCCAUGGCGGCUCCUGCUCCCGCCUCGGGUUCGGCACCCCCCGCAGCCGCGGCCGCCCUCUCGGUGCUGUCGACGGCUGCGGCAACGCACAGCUUGCGGAGCCGCUGUAGAGGCGACCUUAGGAUGGAGGGCGAUAGGUAAGCCUUUCUCGGAGUUGGAGGUUGUAGCUUUUGGUGUAUCUUGAGGUUUUUAUCUGUUUUGGUCUGUAGAAGGCCGUGUUAGCAGGAGGACACCCGCCCCCCGCGGUUGACCGGCGUUUUUUACGAGCACGGAUUUUGAUUGGGUGGUCUGUCGAAAGCGAUGUUUCUAGCCGGAGGGUACAACACAGCGUAAACACAACAACACACCGGAGAAGAGUGAUCAAAAUAUAUCAAAAUGCGCGAGUACUAUAGUUCGGGAACAUGCUGUGGGUAGGUACAGUAAGUUGUUGUGUUUUUGCCUUUG